AAGAUCCAGUACUGAAAAAACAAAACAUGGGUCUUUGGGGGACAUUACAUAUCCGGACUAUAGUGGUCUUCUUCAAAAAUUGUGUUCUGGCAACUGAGACUCCAGCAGCUUAGAGUGUCCCUCCCUCUUUUUUAUUUUUUUAUUUAUUUUAUUCAUAUGUGCAUACAAUGUUUGGGUCCUUUCUCCCCCCUCCCUCCCUCUUCUGAUGGCUGGGUACCAUCUUGGAUUUUUGGAAAGGUUGGUGAGGGUAGUAGUAGUUGUUAACACAGCAAAGGGAAAGUUGUGAAAUACUUUGUUUCUUUUUGAAGUUGAAGGAAGGAAUACUCAAUUGUUACAAUUGCAUGUGAUUGUCUAGACUUGUGCAUUUGCAUAAUGUUUCUAGAUUUGUGGUAAACUUGUUUCAAUAAGAUAGUGAAACAUGCAAGUGAUGAUUUUAAGAACUGAAGGUUAAGCUUUUAGAGAGAAGUCCUUUCCCAAAGCAUGGUCUAUGGGCCUCCUGCAAGGGGAUUCUGAGCAGGGAGGGGAAUAGGAUCUCACUCUAGACACUGAAUUAGAACAAGAUCCUCCAUGGUGAGCCCUGGGAAAUGGGGUUUAAAUCAGCCCUGACUCUGACUGUGCACCUGUGCUGAUCAGGAACCACUGUCCUGGGCCAUGUGUGCUUGUGUUGAAUUGCUGUUCUCUGCACAUUUUUGUUACUCUUUGGUUUUGAUUAAGUUGUCCUCUGGUGUAAACAUUGGUGAAUUUCCCCCCUUAUCAUUCAUUUCUGCCUGUUUUGUUUAAAAUCCAGGCUAAUAACUUAAUUUUUAUGAGCUGCUUUUCAUUUCUGGAUUUUUAAUUCUGAAUUAUAAAUUUUUUUCCCACAGAGCUGAGAAAACAGAAGUCCUCAGUGAAGAUCUCUUGCAGAUUGAACGGCGCCUGGACACAGUACGGUCAAUGUGCCACCAUUCCCACAAGCGUCUGAUGGCAUGCUUCCAGGGCCAACAUGGCACCGAUGCUGAGAGGAGACAUAAAAAGCUCCCUCUGACGGCGCUUGCUCAGAAUAUGCAGGAGGCCUCUGCUCAGCUGGAAGAGUCCCUGCUGGGGAAGAUGCUGGAGACGUGUGGGGAUGCUGAGAAUCAGCUGGCUUUUGAGCUCUCUCAGCAUGAAGUCUUUAUCGAGAAAGAGAUCGUGGACCCUUUAUACGGCAUUGCAGAGCUGGAAAUUCCCAACAUCCAGAAGCAGAGGAAACAGCUCACUAAGUUGGUGUUGGACUGGGAUUCAGUCAGAGCCAGGUGGAACCAGGCUCACAAAUCUUCAGGUACCAACUUUCAGGGCCUUCCAUCAAAAAUAGAUACCCUAAAGGAAGAGAUGGAUGAAGCUGGAAAUAAAGUAGAACAGUGCAAGGACCAGCUUGCAGCAGACAUGUACAACUUCAUGGCCAAAGAAGGGGAGUACGGCAAGUUCUUUGUUACGUUAUUAGAAGCCCAAGCAGAUUACCAUAGAAAAGCAUUAGCAGUCUUAGAAAAGGCCCUUCCCGAAAUGCGAGCCCAUCAAGAUAAGUGGGCGGAGAAGCCAGCAUUCGGGACACCUCUGGAAGAACACCUGAAACGCAGCGGGCGUGAGAUUGCACUCCCCAUUGAAGCCUGUGUCAUGCUGCUCCUGGAGACGGGCAUGAAGGAGGAGGGCCUUUUCCGAAUAGGGGCUGGGGCCUCCAAGUUGAAGAAGCUGAAAGCUGCUUUAGACUGCUCUGCUUCUCACCUGGAUGAGUUCUGCUCGGACCCCCAUGCUGUAGCAGGUGCUUUGAAGUCCUAUUUGCGGGAAUUGCCUGAACCGUUGAUGACUUUUAAUCUGUAUGAGGAAUGGACACAAGUUGCAAGUGAGCAGGAUCAAGACAAAAAACUUCAAGAUUUAUGGAGAACAUGUCAGAAGUUGCCACCACAAAAUUUUGUUAACUUUAGGUAUUUAAUCAAGUUUCUUGCAAAGCUUGCUCAGACCAGUGACGUUAAUAAAAUGACUCCCAGCAACAUAGCGAUUGUGUUAGGCCCUAACUUGCUUUGGGCCAAAAAUGAAGGAACUCUGGCUGAGAUGGCUGCUGCCACAUCUGUCCACGUGGUUGCAGUGAUUGAGCCCAUAAUCCAGCAUGCAGACUGGUUCUUCCCUGGAGAGGUGGAAUUUAAUGUAUCAGAAGCAUUUGUUCCUCUCACCACCCCGAAUUCCAAUCACUCAUCCCACACUGGAAAUGACUCUGACUCUGGGACCUUGGAGAGGAAGCGGCCAGCCAGCAUGGCAGUGAUGGAAGGGGACUUGGUAAAGAAGGAGAGCUUUGGUGUGAAGCUUAUGGACUUCCAGGCCCACCGGCGCAGUGGCACUUUAAAUAGAAAGCAUAUAUCCCCCGCUUUCCAGCCGCCACUCCCACCCACGGAUGGCAGCACCUUGGCUCCAGCAAGCCCAGAGCCCCCUUCCCAGAGCUCUAGGGCUGAAAGCAGCUCAGGGGGUGGGACUGUCACCUCCACUGCAGGCAUACUGGAGCAGGGGCCAAGCCUGGGUGAUAGCAGUCCUCCAAAACCCAAGGACUCUGUAUCUGUAGCUGUCGCUGCACCUGGGAGAAACAGCAGUCAGAUGACCACUGGCCAAAACCAGGCCCAGGCAGGCGGUGGCUCCCACCAGCUUGCGGCAGGCCCUGCUCAUAAUGCUGCUGGCCCCAGCCCCCACACUCUGCGCCGGGCUGUUAAAAAACCCGCUCCAGCACCCCCAAAACCAGGAAACCCGCCCCCUGGGUACCCCGGGGGCCAGAGCUCCCCCGGAGCUGGAGCGACCCAGCCGACACCCAGCCUGUCCCCGAAGCCGGGCCCCCGCAGUCCAUCGCCGCCUCCUGCACAGCCGGCGGGCGCCCCGCUGCUCUCUGCGCCCCGGCGGUGUUCGGGGAGCCUGAACCCCAUCCAAGCACCCAGCCACCCGCCACCGCAGCCCCCCACACAGGCCUCACUGCCGCAGGCACCGGGACCAGAGCAGCCGCCGCACUCGCCGCCGCGGACGCCCACACCGCCCAGCACUCCGCCCCUCGGAAAGCAGAGCCCUGCGCUCGCCCAGGCCCAGGCCGAGUCCCUGCAGCCGCACGCGGGGACCCUGCCGAGGCCCAGGCCAGUGCCCAAGCCCAGGAACCGGCCCAGCGUGCCCCCGCCCCCGCACCCUCCCGGGCACCCGGGUGAUGGCCUCGCCAGCGCCAGCGUCAGUGCAGCGCCCACCGCCUCCAGAGUCACUGACAACAACUCUAGGGUUUCAGAACCGCUUCGCAGCAUCUUUCCUGAAAUGCACUCAGAGUCGGCAAGCAGAGACAUGCCUGGCCGCAUCCUGUUGGAUAUAGACAAUGACUCAGAAAGCACCGCCUUGUGAAGAAAGCCGCCUCCCAGCUCUUGCCCUCCGCCCUGGGAAUGGAACCGGGGCAGGUGAGCCUCUGUCUUUGCAGACCAAGCAGUGAAAAGCUUUCAGUGCAAGAGGAAGGCCUGGCAUGUAAGACUGGGCCCCACCCGGCCCAAGGAGAGCGUGGAGGCCUACACUUGAAGCUGAAUGACCUGUGUCUGGAAGAAAUUGGCUUUCUUCACCCAAGACAGAAAUCAUGCCAAAAAAAAUCAAACCAGAAUACCUAGAGCAGAGUGUUACUGCUGGGAAGUGUAUAGGAAGCUUUUUUCCAUGCUGUUAACUCAGGUGGCAACAACAGCAGCUUGGACCGAGUAAGCAACGCGUUAACUGUCUAUUUAAUAAAACACAUUAAUUGUGCAAGUCACCCACUUCCUGCCGCCUGGACUUUCAUUCUCAUAUAUUAGGAGAGAGCUUCCUCUCUUCAGAUUUGCUGCAGAAUCAUUUUGUACUAAAUAUGGUCUGUGUCUUCCCUGCCCCUCACAACCAUGAGCAUUGAGGGCAACGGCUGGAUCUGUUGCCUCAUCAAACUGGAUGUGACUUGUGCCUUGUGAAUCGCCAGAAUGUAGAGAAAAAUGUACUGUGCAUUUUUAAAACAACGUAAUUGCCUUGAUAAGGACCGAACAUUAUUCUAGUUUCAUGUUUAAUUUGAAUUAAAUAUAUUCUGUGGUUUAUAUGAAAACUUGAUGAUUCUUGGAGGCAAACUGUGAAGGGUGUGUGUGUGUGUAUCUGUGUGUGUGUGUGUGUGUGUGUGUGUGUAUGUGUGCACAUAUUGUCACUUAACCAAAUAGAACUGUGGAUGGGACAUCUUGGAAGUCCCACUAUAACUGUUGAAGUUUGAAAGACUAGAGAGAAAAGUCACAGUAUUGGAAAAUACCACCGGGUGCCCCAGAGACCUCCUAGAUUGGCUGACCCUCUGCCAGUGUUCCAUGGUUAAGGCUGCUCCUGUCAUCUCACCAAUCUGGAGACCCAUUUCUUUUCCAUCUAUAGUCUUAGGCUCAGAGAGGUUGAUUCCCUGUGACCCAGGCCCCUAGGGCUGGUGUGCACACCAGGAGCUGUGACUUCCACAGAAAUUCCCUUUACCCAUCACAGGAAUGCUUUCAAGCCCUGUCUAAGGCACUGCUUUCCCAGGAGUGAGAAAGGAGGGGACCUAAAGCCAAGUGAGGGUGUUGGUUUGAACAACUGUCCUAAUGGUGCCCCUCUCUGGCCCACAUACAGCAGUUUUCUCUUGGGAACAUAGACAGUGCAUGCUGCCACAGUUGAGUGUCUGGAGCCAUCCAUUAGAGUUUUCUGGCUGUGUCCAGGACCUGUCCAGUCAGCUUAGAAGACAUUGGGACUAGGUGGAGCUAUACCAGGAAGAUGGAGAGUUUGAGGCCAUCCUGGGCUAUAUGGCAAAAUGCUGUCUCAUAAAAAACAAAAAAAAACACGUUGGGACUCCUUUUUACUAUGAACUGACAUAAACCUAAUGACAAGGAUGACCACAUUUCACAUUUUUCUUUCUUCUCGA